CCAAAGUUUAACCACGGAUAAGCGAAGGAUUUUCCAUGCGAUUACGCGAGUAAUUUAAGAAGUCGAAUGGAAUUAUAGAUAGAAUUGUGGAUAUAAUAUGGUAGAGGCAAUUAUAAUCCGAGCAUAAUACCCUAAACGGUUGAUGCAAGGUGUACCCUAUAGCCUGUGCUGCUCCAAUCAAACCUCUAGCCAAAGACAAUAUAAGUAGUUACAGUUAAAUUUUUGUUGGAAGCCACAAGAGAGCAUAUGAGCUUCGAGAUCUCGUUGGACAGGCUAUGCGCUUUCAAAGGUUGGCGAUAUCACGGAAAAAGAGUCAUCGAAGCUCCUAUACACUUGCACUUCGACUUCCAUGAAUGGACAUUAGUGUACUCCUGCACUCAACUCUAUUGGCCGAGACCCUCUCUGGCUACAAACUACUAUGCAGCGAUCCUCUCCUUUUACCCCACCAGCAGGACACGCGCUAUGGUGGCCAGGAAUACAUCUUGCGUGCCCGCGGACCCCGAUAUGCCCAGCAUCGUUUGGGCUUCACCCUUCUGGUCUGCCGUGCGCCCAUCGGGACAUGACUUCUGUCGCUAUAGGCAGGGGCCUAUGGCCUGGAGGACCUUUAGGUCCGGCCACUGCCUUUCCAGUCCGCUCGCCGUCGGUAUCUCAUCCGCGGGUGAUCGUAGAUUCUCUACCGUAGCUCCUCAUCCUAUCGGUAGCUCACGUAGCUACUGUCUGGAAUGUUGCAGCCACUGUGUGAUCGUGCAGGGACCAGUAAUCGAGGGCAAAAUACGCCACCGAAUCAAACGCUUGGCUUCAUCUUCGAGGCGCGAACCUUCAGGACUUGGCCAUCGACAGCAAGGACUUUGACUACGACAACCAAGGGAGGCUUAAGGAUAUACGCAUUCAUUUAGAUAGUAUAUACAACAAUUUGU